AUGGCGGUCCAACAUAGUUUGGCGUUGGUGCAUUUGAUGACUGCCGUGCACUCGUUCGACACCGGCACAUUGAUGACGAGUAAUCCGGAAGAGGCAAAGAAGUGCUUCACUUGCAGCGUCUUCACAUUCAUCGACAAUAGGCUCUUAUGCACGAAUCCCGGUAUCUGCUAUGGAAACUACUGCUACGGCUAUGUGCUGUCUGAUCUUCGUAGUAUGUUUCUUUCUGGCUGCGCUGAAGACUGGUCGGACUUCCCAUUUCGGAAAGGCGUUGAUGACCGCAUUCUGUGCCAUGCUGAUGGUCAUUUCGGUUUAUGCCUGUGUAAGGCGGGAAAUGACUUAUGCAACAAACGCUACAGUAACGAUACAGAAUUGCAAUGGAUGAAUUCAAACGACAUCAUUAUGAAUUCAAUCUCUCACAAAGUGACCGGUUUCACUGCAGAUUACGCUCGUAAUCGUGUCCUUCAGAUGCGAGUACAUGGUUAUCCGGAAACAUUUCCUGGAGCGCCGUUGAACUCUGCACGAUACAUUCUCAGUCCUAUGGUUUUUCUGAUUUCUUCAACCUUUAUAGAGUUGCAUCGAACAUAG